UUUUAUUUAAGCCACAAAACCCCAUUCCCCACGCAACCUGUGCCGCUCCACCGUCGUUCUCUCACGGCGGAGCUUUCCUAUGCCGUUCUAUCGAAAAAAUGUGCCCUUCAAAAGCCAAGCAGAAGCGCCACCACUGCUCUUCUACCUCCUCCGCGGUUCCCAUAGAGGAUUGGAGGGAAGAAGCAAUUAAUGGAGGAUCCUUGAAACAUGUGAACCUUGAUACUGGAUCCAACGGCUGGGCGUCGCCGCCGGGCGAGCUAUUCUUCCUCCGUGGACCCGAUUACUUAACGAAGAAGGCCAAGCUUCCUUCCGGCGAGUGGCUACUCAAUCCGGCAGGGGUUGAUUGGCUCCGAUCCAAUGCGAAACUCGAUCACGUCCUUGCCCGACCUGACAAUCGCGUCAUGAACGCGUUGCGUAGGUCGAGGAAUUGCGAGAAAUCGUUCAAGGAUUUUGUCAUUGCGGUGAAUCUCCAAGUCCCCGGUCGUGAUCAUUACUCCGCGGUUUUUUAUUUCUCCAGCAAAGUAGAUGAGCCGAUCGACUCAAAUUCUCUGCUGUAUCAGUUCAUCAAUGGAUCAGAUGCAUUUCGUAAUAGCCGUUUCAAGCUCGUGAAUAAAAUCGUGAAAGGUCCGUGGAUUGUGAAGACGGCCGUGGGAAAUUACUCCGCGUGUCUAUUGGGCAAGGCGUUAAACUGCUACUACCACCGGGGACCGAAUUAUCUUGAAAUCGAUGUUGAUAUCGGAAGCUCUGCCAUCGCUGCGGCUAUUUUGAAGCUUGCUUUAGGUUGUGCAUCAGCCGUGACGGUGGAUAUGGGAUUUUUGGUGGAGGCGCAGUCCAACGAGGAAUUACCGGAGAAGUUGUUUGGUGCGGUUCGCAUUAGCCAAAUGGAAUUGAAUUCAGCAACCUACGUUGAUAGCGCCACUCCAACAAGUAAGGUUUUGCCUGUCAAUAGCAGUGGUGAAAGUGAGAAUGAGGAUCUCGAACAGUGAUAAUAUUCAAGAUAUUUCUGGUUUCUCCUUUCAGGUAACUCUCUGAAUUUUCAUAGUGAUGAUAAUGGUGGAGUCCCUUGGAAUUGAGAAAAUAUGCAUCGGUGUAGAUAGAUAAUAUUGGCUGUUUUAGCAGCAUUGAUUCAAAACUCCUUCUUAAUUAUUAAAAAUCUCUACUCUGUUAUUUGUGUUUCAACUUCUGUGUUAAAAAAUCUGUUGUUAAGAGAUUCAAGGCUGAAUUCAUUCAUUUCUCUACUCUGUUAUUUGUAUUUCAAUUUCUGUGUUAAAAAAUCUGCUGUUAAGAGAUUCAAGACUGAAUUCAUUCAUUUCAAUUACUAGAGCAGCUUGCUCUUCAACAUCUGUGACAUGACAUGAAUUGAAAGGCCAAAAAAUAUUUCAGGGCAAUGAUAGUAUGUCAUAAAACUCAAACAGCUGUUGAACAUAAAAGGGCUGACAAAUUGCUUUGAUUGCUGAAAGUUAUGCUUCGUUUGGCAUUUACUAUUUGAUGGCUGACAUGACAUUCUUGUGUGGGGUGCACUUCAUUAAAUGUCUGUAACAUACUUUGCAACUUCUUGGUUCUUUGUGCCCAGAUGGUUCUUUUCUAGGUUAGAGAGCUCUGCGGUGAUGGUCCUUUUGUUUUUAAUGUUGUAUUGGAUACAGAUUACAAUAAUCCAGAAGGAUCAAAUUUGUCUUUCUUUGGAUUUGAAAAGAUUUGAGUGGAAAUAUAUUUGGAUGUGAUUGUUUAUGAGUCUAAAGUUUUGAAAAUGAAGAAGUUUUUGGGAAAGACAUGAAGAUUGCAUAGUAAAAAUGGGAUUGAAAACACAAAGGACCACACACUUUGUUUCUUGCCUUGCGUUUAUCCCCAAACAAGUGUUAGCUUAGAUUUCUAGGGCCGAAACUAGAUUACUCAGUGUUGCAAUAGAUUGAAAAUUGGAUGGUUAGACAGAAAUGAACAAACAAAUAAAUAGAUGGUUGAACGUAUGAAUGAACAUUAGCAAUAGUUAUAGUAUCUUUGAUCAAAAAAGUUUGGAAAUUUGCCAAAAAUCUUUUACUUAGAAUAGAUUUUAUAUUUCACAUAUGAACCUACUGUGUGGUGGUCCUCCUUUCCCAUUGUUGUUUUUCCUUUACCUAUGGUUGGUUCUAAAAACCUUAUCUGGGGAAGUGUCUGUAUGGUUAUUGACAAGGUGAAAUAUGUGUAUCGAAUCACUAAUCACUGACCCUGCCAAAAUGGAUAAAAAAGGAAAAUAAAGGAUAUAAAAUGAAAUGGGUAAAUUCUCUUACGAGAAUAAACAUUGCUGGCCAAAAAGUAGGGUGAUCAAUAAUUGCAUGUCUUUGUUUGUAGUUGGUUGGCUUUAAAGAUUUCAGUGUUGGAUUGUUCUUUCUUGAGCUGUGUACAGUGUGCACUUUAUUUGGUCCUCACUGCUGUUUGGAUAUGAGUUGUGACACAGGAAAGCAAGAUUAUUUGAUUGCCUCUGUUGGCUGUCCAUUAUUGUGUUCUCUCUCCUUCCUAGAGAGAGAGAGAGAGAGUACAAAGCAGCUCUUAAUUACCAUGUUUAAAGGGGAUACAUAAUUGCGUUGAAUGUAUGUAAUAGUUAAUGUCUAGUUUCUUCUAGGGGGUGCAUCUAUCUAUCUAUCUAUCAUUCAUGUCUAAAUUUAGCAUGCCCUUUGUGCAACAUGUGUUUCUACUUGUCUUUUGUUUGGUUAUGUAUGAGGGCCCUCAAGAGAUAGCAAAACCAAAUGGUAAAUGGCAGCAAAAUUGAUAAGAAGUUGAGGAUUCAACUGUGAGAUACAAUACUGAUUCAUACUAUGUGAAUAACAAAUAUGAUU